AUGGCAUCUUGGAGAACUAAAGAGCCCAAAGGGCCGGCGAAGCAAUGGGGCCGCCUUAAGCCUGUACAAAUGGAUCCUUUGGAGGAGAUGGGCUUGCCAUCCAAAGGCGAAACGAGAUUACAUAGCGCCAAGACGCAGGAAAAUUACUAUAAACUAAUCACUGAGCGCUACUUGAGCUUUUGCUCUGACGCAGGAGAGCGCGAUGAGCUCCUUCGGCGAUUUUCGUCCCUCGGCCUGGAACCCAACAACACAAAAGACAGCAACAACUAUAGCAUCGUAAUUCCCGAUACCGCCAGCGUCCAGUCGCUGCACAACCCAUCGAAUACAAAGACUUUGUCAAUCAUUAUGUCGGCUCUCCGAAAACUUCGCGAGGGCAUCGUCGCCUCCAAUCGCACCGACGACUUUGCCAUUCAGGCUUACUUGUUCUGCAUUCGUCUCGCCGUUCUCGCCAAGCAGCCGGAAUCAUACCACGCCGCCAUCCAACAUUUGCUUCGAAGAAUACACCCGGAGCAGAAUUUAACGCUGAUCGAGUUCCAAGAGGUCGUGGCAUAUCUGAUUCUGGAUACGGCAUGCCGGCGGAGGGAGCUGUCCGAGGCGUACUCCCUACGGCACAAAUAUGCUCUCAACGACAAGAAAGUGAAUGACGCGCUCUUCGCGCUGGCACAUGACAACUUCAUUUUGUUUCACCGAGUGCGAAAAGCUGUCGAUGGCCAUCGAGCCAGGAUCCUAGAGUGGGCCGAACCCGAGCUACGACUGCAUACACUCAAAUGCUUUGGGCGCGCGUACUUAGGUGUUGAACUGAAGUAUCUGGAAACGGCAACCAGCUCGGAAUGGGAUGAUCUACAACAAAACGAUGGCGUCGGCUGGCAAUUAGACGGGACAAAGGUGGUAAUUCGAAAAGUCAAGGCGCGAUAG